AUGCAGUUCUCAAAUGUAGGCUCUCUUGAACUUCAUGGAUUUGCUAGAAACAGAUUAUGGAGUGUUGACAAUGACCCCCCUCCCUUCACCACCAAUCCCAUAAAUAAAGUUUUCAUUGAGUUGAUCUUCAAGUCCACUGAAGAUGAUUUGAAAACAUGUCCUCACAGUGAAAUCUGUGUAGAAGGAUUGGAGAUGCUGGAAGAUGGCCUUCCUGAUGCUGGUAACAAUCUUGUUGAAUUAGAGGUGAAGAAGACAUGGCUUUCUGUGGACCAUAUGAAUCAGAUGUUAAUGAUUAGGAAGGUAGAUCCGACUGUGGACAUAGAGGCUGAUGAAGGAGACAAUUACACACAUAUUCCAGUAAGAAACAGAGUUAGAUGA